CUACACUGCCUUGGCUACUUGGAGGUGAAGGGGAAAGGCGCAGUAGAGACGAGGUCCUGCACCAUCAGGCCCAUGAUGCCGAUCAUCGCCAGGCGGCCGUUGUUGAUCUCGCGAGACUGAUAACCCUUCAUCUGCUCGGGGUCCUCAGGGCCCUUCCACCAGAAGCCAGGGCCGACAUCGAUUCCCUGCGCACAAAACACCAACCAAUGCGGUCCCGCGGUGGGAUGAAUCCGGCUGGCUGUGUGGGCUGUCCUGCCCCUGUCGUACGUAUUUCGAAUCGACGGGGAAGACGAUGUUGUCGAGGAAGGCGAUGAAGAACAUCAGCUGCGCGAUACCGGCGGCCGAGAUGGCCCUGACGGCGUCAAUGCCUGUAACCAAUGAAUGUCGACAGGCACACAACCCACACGGACCAUGAAUGUGAACCCGGAGGCAUGCGGCAGCCUUACUGACUGACUGACUGACUGACUUACCAGGUGGGAUGUCGGCGAACUUGAGCUCGGGGUUGGUGGCGAGCCAGCCGUCGAAUUUGAAGAAGUAGGGGACUGCGUAGCCGAUCAUGGCGAGCAUAGCAACACGCCCGUGCUUGAGCUCAGCCCGGCGGUAGAAAUUGAAGGUCUGACAAGGACAAGCAUGCAGCCAGCCAUGCCUUCACCCCGCCGCGGCACCCAUAGUUCACGGAUGCGUACCUCCUCGUCCUUGGCGAGGCCAAUAGGGUCCCAGUAGCCCAGGGGCGCGGUGAUGCCCGCAUCGUCCUGCAACAACACACCGGGAAGGCGAGUAUCAUGACAAGAUCUGCGCACACAGUGCUCACUCACGAGUCGCUUACCCGUGCGAACGCCGGGACGUCUUCGGCGACCAUCUGAGGUGCGGUGCGGGGCGCAACUGUCUUGGUCAGCCUGACACGCAUGACAUGACCGCAGUAUGAAAAGCACCAAUGACGCAGACAGACAUGUGUCCGCCUCAGGAGUCCGCUCUGAUCCGCGCUGCUGAGCUGAACUGUGUCUGAGUGAAUGACGGUCUGCCUGCCUUUGGUCUUACCCUCUCAGAGGAGUGGUGGGCGGCACAAAGGCCUCAUGGGCCGAUGCGGCGACGAUGAGCAGGGCGGCGCACACCACAGACUGCAUGGCUGCUGACGAUUAUGGAAGAGAGAGGGCUG